AUGCUCAUAAAGAACAUUGAGCAAUUCAAACUGAACUAUUCGGAUAGUGAUGCUCAUGAAGUCCCAGUGUGUUUAGAACAGUUUAAGCAAUACAAGGACGAUUUCAUGAGCGCAAUCGCUAAAAUAGAGGAAUACGAUGAAUCAGUAGAGGCACAGGAAACGUGUUUGCAAGAAAGGUGUGAAUUGGACAGCGUUUAUCGCAAAGUGAAAGGUUUCUUGCUACAAAAGAAACCUUGUGACGCUUAUCCGCUUAAUGCUUCGGUGCUGUAUGCGAACACAAGUGUUAGUGCAUCGGGUAAUUCGGGACGAAGUCUACGACUCCCGAAAAUUGAGUUGCCAACUUUCGAUGGCGAUUCAACUAAGUGGCUUACGUUCCGUGAUCGGUUUGUGUCGAUGAUCGAUUCGUCAGCUGAGAUUCCACCGAUCAUGAAGCUACAGUAUCUGCUGUCAUCGCUGAAGGGGGAUGCCGCGCUGCUCUUUGAGCACACUACGCUGGUAGCAGAUAAUUAUGCAGUCACAUGGGCUGCGUUGCUGAAACGGUUCGACAACCCGCGCAUGCUGAUUCGGGACUAUCUGCGCAACAUUCACCAUCUCCCUGCGCUGAAAUCGGAAUCUGUCGAUGAGUUGGCACAACUCGUCGACGAGUUUAAGCGGAAUGUGCACGGCCUACAAAAGCUAAAAGAACCUGUCGACAAUUGGGACUCUACGCUCACCACUUUGAUGUUCUUCAAGCUACAUCCUUCGACAAUGCUGGCUUGGGAAAAGCAUUCGUCACAAGCACCGAGAGAUAAGUAUAAGGAUCUUAUCGAUUUCUUACAAGAUCGCAUCGUUAUUCUCAGGUCAACUCGGAAGUUCACGCAAGACAUCGAGACGUAUGGGAGAACGGUGGCCGGCAGCGAGCAGAAGGUCAGACCGAGACACACCGCACACGCAGCUACAACACGGCACACGACGCAUGGCCAGUCAAACGCCAUGCAGCCUUCGUGUCCAUUGGGAUGCGUAGAGACGCAUAAUCUUCGGAGCUGCCCAGAGUUCUUGAAGGAGGAUAUCGAACAUCGACGAGAGCUGGUGACGAAAAAUCGACUGUGCUACAACUGCUUGAGCCACAACCAUCAGGUGAAGUCAUGUAAGUCCGUGAAUCGUUGUAUUACGUGCAAUGCCAGACAUCAUAGCCUGCUACAUGACAACACGCGUCCGAAAGUGUCAAUGGCGGCAAAUUCGGACCAAGAAAUGGUGUUUCUCGAAACCGUGCUACUUUGGGUGGUCGACGACCAUGGUAUUCGACACGAAGCUCGAGCACUUUUGGAUUCAGGAUCCAUGUGCAAUUUCAUGUCGGAAUCCUUAGCACGAAAGUUGUUAACAACUCGGUCGAAGGUCGAUGUUUCGAUAGUAGGUAUCGGUCAAGCGAUACAGCAGGCUAAGGGCUCUAUCGAUGCUAUAGUGCAGAGCAAAUCAGAACAGGUGUCUACCCCUAUGGAGUUUCUGAUUUUAAAUACACCGUCUGCUGAUAUUCCCACAAUACCGAUCGACAUCACCUCAUGGAAGAUUCCGAACGUCACAUUAGCAGACCCGUCAUUCCACAUCCCAAGCAAGGUCGAUAUUGUCAUCGGUAGUGAUGCAUAUUGGGAAAUGCAUACUGGAAGAAAGCGUGGAUUGGGCAAAGGCAGACCAUGGUUUGUAGAGACUUCCUUCGGGUGGACAAUCUCUGGGAAUACUUCCCAGACAUCGGUUUCCAGCCAACGGUCUUGCCUCACAACCGUUGCUCAAGAGUCACUAGAAACAAUCGUGCAACGCUUUGGGGAAACAAAAUCGAUCCUAGAAGGUCCCGCAUUAUCGCUAGAAGAAGAGCAAUGUGAAAGACACUACACUGCAACUACAAAACGCGAUGAACAAGGUCGAUACAUCGUAAGCUUGCCCCGUAAAACGAAUUCUGAGAUUGUCCUCGGUCUCUCAAGAAUGAUAGCAGAUAGACGGCUUGUAGCUGUCGAGCGUCGGUUGAUGGACAAUCCUGAAAUGGAUCUAGAAUACAAAAAGUUUAUGUCGGAGUAUGAAAGUUUGGGACAUAUGCGAAAGCUUACCGAACCUGUUGAUCAUAGCAUACCGCACUAUUAUAUCCCUCACCAUGCAGUGGUUAAGGAAACGAGUACGACCACUAAGGUACGUGUUGUCUUCGAUGCUUCCUGCAAUACAACAUCUGGGUACUCGUUGAACGAUACUCUGCUCAUAGGCCCUACGGUACAGGAUGAUCUGUUCACGAUCAUUCUAAGGUUCAGAAAGCACGCCAUAGCCUUAGUAGCAGACGUCGAAAAGAUGUAUCGGCAAGUGCGCCAUUGUGAAAGUGAUCACAAACUUCUGCGAAUACGUUACCGAGAACGGUUCACCGAUCCGAUAGCAACGUACGAACUACAGACAGUGACCUACGGUACUGCAUCAGCGCCAUUCUUGGCCACUCGUACGUUACAACAGAUAGCGCAUGACCAGGAGAGCCGUUAUCCUAAAGCGGUAGAUCCUGUUCUGCACGAUUUCUAUGUGGAUGACCUAUUAACCGGUGCAGCAGAUUUGGAAGAGGCCAUCGAAGUGCGGAAUCAAAUUUCGCAAAUGCUAGAUUCGGCGGGCUUUGCACUGAAGAAGUGGGCAUCAAAUGUUCCUGCAUCUCUACGAGAUGUUCCGCGUGAAGAUCUUGCUAUCCAAUCGUUACACGAAUGGAAGGAUGGCCAGGCAGUAUCAACGUUGGGGUUGGUUUGGGAACCAACCAAUGAUUCGUUUCGCUUCAAAGUCGAUCUUCCACCACCCGCUGAAGUAUUGACGAGAAGUCUGGUAUUGUCGUACACAGCAAGUAUAUUCGACCCUCUCGGGUUAUUGGGUCCGACAAUCAUUCUGGCCAAGAUUUUCCUGCAACGUUUAUGGAGCUUAAAGCACGAUGGAAAGGCUUGGGAUUGGGAUCGUGCAUUGCCAGGUGAACUUCAGGAAGAGUGGAGAAGCUUCCAUUCAACUCUAUAUUUGCUACGCAAAUUACGAGUACCGCGUUUCGUAUCCCAGUCGGAAGCGGUCAGCCUGCAAUUACACAUGUUUGCGGAUGCUUCGCAAAAUGCAUACGGUGCUUGCUGCUAUGUACGUGCAGAGUCGAUGGGGUCAACAAUGGUACAACUGUUGACUGCCAAAUCCAAAGUCGUAGCCUUGGCAAACACAUGCAAUUGCCAGGUUGGAGUUGUGCGCCGCGCGACUAGCGGUCCAACUAUUCCAGAAAGCCAGUCGAGCGAUAACGUCAUCUACGAUGACCAUCUGUUGGACCGACUCAAUGACAGUGAUGUACUGGCUGAAUUCUCCUCCACGUCGAUGGAAACCAUUUGUGGCCAAUAG